AUGGAUCCCGUAUUCAUCCAAGUCGAUGUGCAUUUCCAAGGAAUCUUUGCAAAAUACCAUAUACGCUACACCGGGGGGAUUACUCAGAGGAUGUCGGACAUCGAUUUCGCAGGCAUGGACUGCGUCUGGUGUUAUGAAUUUAUGGAAAGGUUUACCGGAGAAAAGUGUGCGAAGCUCUACUACUGCCAACCAGAUAUUAAUUUCCCCAAAGGUCUGACCUUAAUUUCGAAUGAGUUGGAUUAUGCUGAUUUCAUAGCAAUAGCCUAUGAAUGUGGUGUUAUACUUCCUAUGUAUAUAGACCAUUUUGGCCAUUUGGAUGAUGAGGAUGAAAAUGAAGAUGAGGAUGAGGAUGACCACGGGGAUGAUGAUGUGGACGCUGAUGCAGACGAGGAUAACCAUAGCAGUCCUCAUGUAUUCAAAAAGUCUAAUGGGCCUGAUGUCGAAAUGGGUGAGAAUGCAGCUUCGGGUGGCCCUUUGGAAGAAGGCAUGAAUGAUGAUGAAGAUGUUUAUCCUCAGUUGCCAAACAUUUUCAAUGAACAACUUCACUGGAAGGAGCAGGAACCUGUGUUAGCUGAUUUGAUACAAGAAAUGGUCGGUUACCUGUUGUACAGCUUGCUCUUGAGCUCACUCACAAGAUCUUUGGUUCUUGUCCACCUAUGCAAAGUUUUGAUCCAGCCAAGAUGCUCACACCCUUGGAGUCCUAGAAGUCAAACAGAAAUCUUACAAUUGGGAAAUUUAAAGCCUUUUAGCUUCAAUGUACUUAAAUUGGCUACAAGAAAUUUCCGACUCGAUAGUGUUCUUGGAGAAGGUGGAUCUGGGUCGGUUUUCAAAGGAUGGAUCGAUGAACAAUCUGCUAAGAGAUUAAAUCAAGAGAUCUUCAACGUCUUCAAGAAUGGCUCGCAAAAUUAUUAUUUAGGGAUAUUAAACCAUCUGCCCCUGGAGACACAAUAUUGA